AAAAGACAGAGAUAUUUUGCGUACGUUUGAAAGAUUGAAAUACGAAGAUGAACCAAAAAUGAAAAAUGUCCAGAAAAAACUCGUUCUUUCUCAAAAGUGAAUAAACAUUUAUGAUCCGGACGAUAUUAAUGAACAAAUAAAUAUCUUGCUGAUAAGAGCUCAUCGAUAUUGGAAGAAUAAGAGGCCGAGUGUCCAACUUGCAGCAAAAAUCAAUCAUGUAUUUCAGUGUCCUUAUCCUCAUUUGUCACCGCUUCUGUCACUUUGUUCGCAAAAGGUGAUUAUAAUAGUAGUACUAGUACUUUUCAAUAACCAUUAUCCACUUCUUUAUCUUCUUCACAACAAUUUUCACCAAGUUCAUAAAACCCCAUAACCCAAAAGAGCUUCAUUGAACCACUGAACAGUUUCAAAGCUCUAUAAUUUCAUUGAGAAAGACUGGAAUUAGUUUUUAGUUUUUACAAAAACAGCCUAAUCUUAAAAAGGGUCUUAAAAACAGUGUUGAAUGGACCAUUGCCUUUCUCACAAAACACCUUUUUUCAACUCACUUCGCCCAGUGGAAUCUUUACCUUCCAGAGUAAAGGCCUCCACUUUUUCAUCAAGAUCGUCAAUUCGGGAAAAUCCCUUAAAGUCUCCGGGUAAUUACUGCGGCGGGAUCAGUUUGAUCGGUGGGAGGGCUUAUCAGGGGAGGAGGGCCGGUUUGGCGGUGGUAGCCGCUACUAAUUACAGUGAUUGUGGUGGCGGGCUGAACACUCCGGUCCAGCCGAAAUCGGUGGCCGGGAAGUUAUUGGGUAGUGUUCUCCAGAACGAUCCGGAAUAUUUUCCUCAAGUGGUCAAGAAACAGUUGGAGCAGUUAGUGGUUGAUCGUCAUGAAGCAUUGGCUAGAAUAAAUUUGAGCUCUGCCUCUGACGAAGCUUGCCUUCAUAGGAGGAUCGCCGAGCUGAAAGAGCGUGAAUGUCAAGCUGCUGCCGAGGAUAUCAUUUAUAUGUUGAUAUGUGCCAAAUUUUAUGAAAUCAGAGUGCAUUUGGUUCCCCGGCUCUCCAAAUGCAUGUGUUAUGGCAGACUUGAGAUAGUUCCUUCUAAGGACUGGGAACUUGAAUCUAUUCACAGUUUUGAGGCAUUGGAGAUGAUUAGGGAACAUCUAAAUACUUUCGUGGGCUGGAGAACAAACUCGAAUGUCACUAACAAAUGGGCACUGACUCAGAUCUCUCGGUUUCAGCUCUGCCAAGUCUACACUGCUUCAGUCUUGUAUGGAUACUUUCUGAAGUCUGCUUCAUUGAGACACACACUUGAAAAGAAGUGGUUCCGGAACAACUUUGAUCUCGGCCUGAAUGUAGGUAGUUGUCUUCCAGUAUUGAACAAUUUUCCUUUAGGGUCAAAACAGGCUGAAGUUGGCCGUGUCAUGAGCGUACGAUCUACGUCAGUUGGUGAAGUCCCAUGCAAUCAGGGUAGGAAACAGGAAACUCUGAAGGGUUACAUUAUGGGUUUUGACCCCGAAACUUUCCAAAUGUGUGCAAAACCAAGGUCCAAGGAGGCUGCCAAUGUGAUCGAGCAACAGAUAUCUGAGCUGUUUCAUGAUGGGAAAACUGGUCUGCUACAGAACAAAGAGCUUAUAUCCACAUCAUACGCGAGCCUGAAGAGAUUUGUUUUGGAGGGAAUAGCAUUUGGUUCGUUCCUUUGGGAUGCAGAAGAGUUUGUGAACACUGUAUAUGAGCUGAAGGACAACAAAACUGACUAGACCUGGAACUCUGGAUACCUAUGAAGCAAUGCCAUCAUUUUCUGCUCUUUUGUGAUAUAUAACUUUUCUGAGUACUGAUUGUACAGCGUCUUCUCCUUUGUUAUAAAUGGAGAUAGUGUAAAUGGUUAUGUAUCAGGGGAGGUGUAUGGUAUUCUGGAUGUUUUAUGUGUAUAUAUCAAAGUAUGAACUGCUAGGCAGGAUUUCAACUGAGUUCAUGUUCAAAUUUCUUCUGGUAACCUUUAGUUGUGAUCUAUUGCAGUGAACGGUGACAUAAUGAUCAUAAUAAAGUUCAGUUGCCCGAAGAUUCUCUGCUAAGUAAGGAUUUGCAGAGCGACGUUUUUACAAUGACAUGAAAAAUUUUGGUUCAGAAUGCCAUGUAUGACGAAGCUCUGAAGUCAUCAUCAACAUUAAUAGUAGACUAAAAUACUUAUAGGAAAAAAAGAAGAAGAAAUUUUACUGGAGGUUAAGGAUGUGAUGAGUGAUAGUAGUAAAGUCUACUAGUGCUAGUAAUUAGUAAACUCUUUAAUAAUGAUUAAUCAUUAUGUAAUCCUUAUCUGAUUUCUCAAUCAACAAGCAAUUUCCAAAGUCGCCAGUACUUGCUGGUCAGGUCUGGCAACUUUGUCUAGUUUAUAUUACUUCAGUUCAAAAAAAAAUAGUCCACAUUAAAUUUCUAAAUUUGUACUAAAAAUAUUAUAAAAUUUAAAACUUAACGUGGAU